CCAAGCUCUCUGCACCAGCCACACCAGUCCCGGCCUCCAACUCCCCAACACCACCUGCCUGACCUAAGCUUUGCCAUGCUGCUGCCACUGCUGGGAGCCUGUGCUGUGGUGGGGCCGUUCUGGGGCCCUGAGUGGGAGCCAGUGCAGGGCCUGCUGUCCCAGGACUGCAGCUGCAGGGACCCCCGGUGCUGUGGCAACCUGCUCGUCAUCUGCCUCUUUCUGGUCUGGCAGGUCCGGCAUUUCUGGUACCACGUCAGCAGGAUCUGCUCCAGCAAGGAGAAUGUCAGCAAGGUGCCACUGCAGAACUGCAUCAGUCCCUCUGAGAGAGGCGCGGCUUCCUUCUGGCCCACCCCUGAAUUCUUCAGCCCCAGCCACUUCAGGGACCUGGACGCUCACACCCGACAUGCGGCUCACAGUCCGAGAUGGAGACACCAGAGGAACCUGCAGGAAGCCUGGGCCCAGUGCCCGCUCAGUCCACAGUGUCCGUGUCGGGACUCACCGUGGACGGUCUGCAGCCUCUCUGAGCGCAUCUUUGGCACCUCCUCCCUUUCAAGCACCGGUCUGCUCCCUCAGAACAGUUCCUGGGAAGCAUGGCACACGCUCUGGUGUCUCAGCAGCAGCCAGCUUCACCCUGCCCUGCACACAUGGCAAAAGAUACAGCAGCUGCUGGUUCACUCCCAUGAGUUGCUGGUGCCCCUGGAGCAGACUGUCAGCAGAAGGACCAGCUCUACCUCCACAACCUUAGCCAUCUCUCUCCCGGACCUCCCCGCAGCUCAGAGGCUGCGGGCCUGCCCCAGAGAGUCCCUGCCUGCUCCUUCCAGCCUGCACCUGGAAAUGCUCACCUGGAAGGCCUGCGGAAGCUCCCAAGACACCCGGACACCGUGCAGUGACACACAGACAGUAGCCAGAGAGUACAGUAGAAAGACCCAGGCUCCUAGGUGUGGAAACCAGAGAGAGGGCAGAGAAAUCCAGGCGUCCGAGGGCCAAUUGCCAACAGACUGUGGAACAGAGGACGCUGCAGAGGCCAAGGCCUUGGGAUGCGGAAAGCAGAGACAGGUCAUCAGAGAAACUGAGGGAGAGAUCCUGGCGCCAGAGCAGGAGAAGCAGAUGGGAGUUGAGAAUAGAGCCCAAGCUGAGGAGCUAGGGAAGAAAACACAGAGGGCGGCUGGAAGUAAGAGUCCUCCUGAAACCCGGGCUCAUACAGGGGAGAACCAAGAACAGUUAAGAUGGCAAACUGAUGCAGAGACCCAAACUCCAGAGUGGGGCUCCCAGGAUAAGAACAGAGAUGGGGAUGCGGGGCGGACACAGACGUACGAUGGGAAGAACCAGGAGGCCAGAGAGGGGGAAGAGGGCGUGGGCCAGGCCCGAGGACUAGAGAAACAGGGCCACCCUGGAGGGGACGAUGGUGAGGAGGCCCUGUCUCCUGAGGAGGAGGAACAAAACCAGAUGAGAGAUGAUACUGGUGCAGAAGUUGAGGCCGAAGAGGGGAGGAACAAGGACCAGGUUGGAAGUGGGGAGACCGUGCAAACCCAGGCACCUGGGGGACAGAACCUGGAAGGCAAACAACAGCACGAUGCACAGGGCCAGGGCCAGGGCCAGGAGUGCGGGAGACAGAAGGCUGCAGAAGCCCAGACGCCGGCGGGGGAGAAGCAGGGUCAGGGGGAAAGCGAGAGAGCCAGGAACACUGAAGCGUGUAGGGGAGAGAACUGGAAACGGUCACAACGUGCGACUCCAGCGGGGUGGGAAAACCAAGGCCUGGGGAGAGGCGAGGACGCUGGGGACCCUCAGACAUCGAGGAAGAAGCAGUUCAGGGAGAUCAGAGAGGUGGACUGGGUGGUGAUCAAGGCACCCUGGUGGGGAAACCAGAGACUAGUGGUGAGUGAGCUUCACCGAGAACUGAAGACGCCCUGUCAGGGGAAGCAGGACCAAAACCAGGCUGGAGAGGAAAAUACAGCAGACAUUCAGGCCACGGAGGAGAGGGAGCAGAGAGAGGGUGGCCAUGAGGAUGGUACAAACACCUGCGUCCCUGGGGCAGAGAACAAGGGACAGUUCGGAGGGGAGAGUGACGCUGAGACCCAGCUAGCCGGAGGGAAGAACAGGGAGUGGUUUGGAGAUGGGAACGGAACGGAUGCUCAGGCACCAGAGAAGACAAACCCGGGAAGAAUUCAAGGGGAGGAUGGCGCCGGGCUCCAGGAAGUUGGGCAAGAAAGUCAGCGUCAGCUGGGAAAUGAAUGUCAUGGAAACAGUUACAUCCCAAAGAGGAAGAGCCAGGAACAUCUUACAGGCAAGGAUGGGGCAAAUAUUCAGACACCUAAGGCAGAGAACUGGGGAGAAUUAACAAGUGAGCUGGGUGGAGAAAGCCAGGCAGCAGCGCGGAAGAAAGGGGAGCGGGCUGAGAAUGGGGAAGAAACCCAGACGCCAAUGACGAGAAACUCAAGAGGAGCUGGAGGAGAGGCCGGUACAGACACAGGCACGUCUGGGGAGGGAAGCCAGAGGCAGGCAGGGCGUGGCGUGGACAGAAACAGCCCUUUGUCAGAGUGGAAGAAUCAGGAACAGAGGAGAAGUGAGGAUGGAACAGAAAUCCAGGCCCCAGAGAAGAGCAAGCAGAGAGUCCCUGGAGUGGAAGAUGCUUUAAAGCCCAGGGGACCUGAGAGAGAGAACGGACAGCUGGAGGGUGAGAUUGGAGGAUGCUGCUCUCCUGGCAGAGGGAGCUGGGAACAGGCUGGAGGAGAGAACACGGCAGAGAGUCAGGCGCCCCAGGAGAGAAACUGCAAUGACGAUGGAAGUGAGUGUGAUGGAAGGGUCCAGAGAGUUCCAAGUAAGAAACCGAGACUGCUAAAAGGCAAAGUGAACGGAAAGAGCAGUUUCUCAGAAUGGGGGAAUCAGGAACAGAUCGGAGGCAAGAAUGGUUCAGAAAUUCAAAUACGAGGGGAGAGAAACCUGAGAGGGACAGACGAUGAUGGUACCCAGGCACCCGUGACCGGGGGCCAGGCCCGGCCGAGAAGGCAAACUGAUGGGGAGACGCCGACCCGACGGUCAAGGGACCAGACCAGGGGUGGAACUGAGGACACUGCAGAAAUCUGGGGUGUAGGGAGCCCAAGAAAAUGCAGACCUGAGGAUGCUACAGUGUCUCCAGCACCAAGGGGCAGAGACGAGGGUCAGGUCAGAGGAAAGGGUGCUGCCAGGGGCAGGUUCCAAGGUAACAGUUGUGGGGGUGGGGGACCCACAGGCAGAAAGCGCAGCCCGGCACAGCCUGCACCUCUCACUGGCUUUGGAUGCUGGGCCUUGGACCAGGAAGAGACAGAGGCUGUAAACAGCGGCGCCCCUGCUCCCCGUUCUGAGAUGAGGCCUCAGCCUUGCUGGGGUGGGGGUUUCCUGAUGGCCGGUGGGGAGGGCCAGCACGUGACCAGACACAGCACUGACCCUGCCAGCGAGCACAGCGUGGAGACCAGCCCCGCCUCCCAGCAGCCCCAACCCGGAUCCCAGAGAAGAUGGCAAAGCGACAAAAGGGUAGAUCCAGCAAAGGCCUCCAGCCUGAUGCGGCAGCCCAGGAGCCCACAGUCCCCCGGGGCGCUCUCUGCCUGCCCCCCUAUUCGGUGUGGCAGAGUCCCCCAUGCCGCUAGAACCCUGGCAGGUGCCCCUGCUGUCCCUCCCAAGCGGCCAGCCUUCAGCUUCAGGAAGAGCAGACUGCUGCUCCUGGAAUCUCUCAUGCGGAGGAGGAUUGCACACCUGCAGUGGGGCCUCCCGCGGCGGAUCCUGCAGUCUUAUCUGCUCUUUAGCUUCUUAGGCCCUUGCUCAAUGCCCGUGGCUGCGGAGAGGCUGCCUGGAUUAUGCAUAGGCCGGGAGCUCCAAAGAGAGCAGGAAAAGCAGCAUGGAGCCCAGGAAUUGACGCCAGGCCUUAAAUCCCCAAAGAAGCCUCAAAGAGUUCUACUCUCCGAAAGAAAAAACUCAACACUUCCCACACAGGCCAGGGCUCUGCAGAAGCACAGACCAUGCAGGUCCGCGCCCAGGGGCAUUUCCACUCCGCCUCCAAAGCCCAGGAGAAUCAGGCCACCAAGGGGCGCCAGAGAACUACAGCUCCAGCAAGCGGUCCCCACCGACGUGCUCCCUGCUCCCCGGAACCCCAGCCCUGCAGAGCCUAGGAGCUGGUGUGGCCCAGAAAAUGUGCGAGAAUCUUCCAGGGAGAACAGCAGCGGCAGGACAAUGAUCAGGCCAGGGGUCUCAGAAGUAGCGGAGUGGUCUUCCAGCAGAGCAAGGACCUCACCCUCCAGGGCCGGCCACAACUCCUGGAAAGAAGGCACAUCCUGGGAGGCUUCUGAGCGCCCCAGACUCAAAAGUCAGCAGCCCACCUACUGGAGAGGAGGCCCAGAGCCUGUGCAGGUUGGAGGGCCUGGGCAGCAGAGUCCCUCCUGUUCCCCAGACCCCUCCGGCUUCAAAGGGAGUCUCUACUCGGCUGCAGCCAGCCUGAGCGAGACCCUGCUGAGCAAGAGAUCCGGGUGCUCACAGCUGGCUAGGCCCCCGCCCUUGGCCUCUAACCUGAGCCUGCGGGGUCCGAGACAGCUUCCCGGCGAGGGGGACCUGCGCGCAAGGGAGGCCAGCGUCGGAGUCAGCGCUGCUUUAGAGCCUAGCCUUCAGCUCCCAGGGCUCUGCUGGGCUGGGGCGGCUCUGCCUAGGAUAGGCAGCCGCCAGGGUGAGGGGGCUCCGUGGAAUCCAGAAGUUGCUCCCCCAAGGUUUCGUUUUAUGAAGCAUUUGCAAUGUUUUUUCUUCCGACGUAGCAUUAAAAAAUAGGGCACAGGCUCAGAGUCCUCAGAACAUGUGAGCGGCCUGCUCAGCCCCAACCUCUAAUAAAACUGGUUACUUGG